CUCAUCGUGAGGUCAAAGGUGAAACGUUACUGUUUAUCCAGAGAAAUGUAAACAUUCGCGACUCGUGCCAGUCUUAGAGUGUAUUCUGACGACUACGUGUGGUGUUAGGUAAAGUUAUGUAUGCCCGGUAAGCUGGGGAGGAAGUUGACGACCAUCGGUGGCCAAUUUCGCGCGCCGCAGACAAAUCUUGACCGUCUUCAGAUGCGCGCACGCUUGGGACUCUCCAUGCCCCCCACCCUCUUCAAUUUCCAUGUGGAGUAGAGUAGAGUAAAGUUGUGUUGAAGUACCGGUGACUACAAGACAAGGCGUACGGCAGUGUUUUCGAACCUGUUGUCAAUAACGUUAGUCUAUUGUCUUCAGAAACAGGUGAAAUUUGCACUGGCUCUCACUACCAGAAUAUGAAACCGUUGCCUAUUAUAAACAGGUAACGUUACCGAUUAUGUGUUAGCAAAACUAACACCUCCUUACAAAACAAAAUGUUGAGUAUAAAUUUAUUGUGGAUGUAAAGUCGAGAGGCGAAAUGUCGGGAAGUCACGGUGUGUUUGUAGGAAACCUCAACCGAUCCCGAAGCAAGGAGGAACUCAAGCAUGGCCUGACAUGUCUGCUGACAAGUCUUGGCUUCAGUGCAGUGAGAGAAGAUGAUGUGGACGUGAGAAAGAAACACCAAAGGGCCUUUGGCUUCAUCUACUUCCAGCACGAAGAAGAGCAAAAGCAGGCAAUUAGGAGUUUAUCGUUACUCUCUGAAAAUAGUUUGAUUUUGAUUUCCCAACUUCAAAUAGUAGCAGAGAACAAACGCCUUAAAGUCGCCUUGAAGAAGGACAAUAACGGGGAUCACUCUGUGCAAAUGGAAAAGCGAUGGAAGCAAGCACGCAAUUUGGAGCAGCAUCAAAUGGCUGGUCAUGAAAGUGUGACAAACCAUCCUUCAUCAAAUGCUCGGUGCAAUAAUAGCCAACCCCCAAAUCUUUUGAGGUUUAGCAAAGUUCCAAACGAAACUCUGAGAACUCAAUGGACAGCCAGCAGAAGUUUAGAGCACUUGCUGCUUGGGGAGUCCCUUGGUGCAGAAACCAGGUCUCUGGAAUUCAAAAAAGGAGAUGGUAACUUCUUGGAAUUCCAUCUGAAAAGAACAGUGGCUAAAUAUACAUGUGCUUUUCUGAACAGUGGUGGUGGAACACUGAUGGUGGGAGUCACUGAUGAUGGGAAGGUGUGUGGUGUCAGCUGUGACCACAGAAGGGAAGACAACAUCAGGAUUGACAUUGACAGUGUGAUAAAAGGCUUCAGACCUCAAGUCUUUCCAUCACAGUACAGUGUCCAGUUCAUCCCAGUCCUGGAGCAAUCCUUACAUGGUGAUGUUCCUACCAACAGGAAAGUGCUGUGCAUCACAGUACACACCCCUGUAGACCAACACCAAGGUCUGUACGCCACGCCCCACGGAGAGGUGUUUGUACGGAGGGAUGGAAGUGUGGAGGAGCUCUCAGCCAGUGGUGUGCAGGAGUGGUGCAGAAGAAACUACCAGAAGGACCUGCAGAUGCUACAGGACAGGGAGAAACAACUUCUCAGGGAACUACAAGAGAAGGAGCACAGGUUACAAGACAAGGAGCACCAGCACCACCAAGACGAGGAACUACAAGACAAAGAUGUUUCCUCCCAAAACUACCUUCAGGAUCUGUAUGUCUUAAAGAAUAGGGAGCAACAGCUCCUUCAGGAACUUCAAGACAAAGAACAGAGGUUAAAGGAGGUGGAAAAAAAGCUUUCAUCAAAGUCCAAAGUUUGUGUUAUCUUAUGAGAGCAAAAUCAAUUCCAAGCUGCUGAGUGUACACUAACCUCUCGGGAGCUGUAACAUCUUGAGAGCAGUAGAGCUAGCAUAUAAUGUUAGAUUAUGCCUUUAUAUACAUGUACAUACAUUCCAUUAGACAUUAAUUUGAUGAUAGUUAGUUUCAACAUCUAUAGAUUCUUAAGUUGAGUCAAUGUUACAGAAAAUGGUGAGAACUUUCGAGCGCUGUUAAAUGUGACAGCAAAAGUUGCAGCAACGGAAUAUUUAAUCUUUUGUCAUUGAAGAAACAUUGACCAUUCAAUCAUAACAGGACCAAAGAAUUGCAAACAGAUCAAAGAUGUAAUGUUAGUAUAUAUUUUGCAAAUGAGGAGGUAACAUUAACAUUAAUAUGUGGUGAACAUGGUGCUUCAAACUUUUGACACAAGAGGGUUCUCUAUAUCUAUAUCAGUAGAAUGUUUGUCAAUAUGUUAUGUGUUUUGAUAUUACCAUCAGAAUUCAAGUUUUAAAAAAAUGUGCUGAUUUUUUUUACAAAUGCACAGUAGCAAGGAGGUUAUCUGUGAUUUUAAUCUUUUUUUAGAUCUCUAAUUUUAAUCUGUGAUUUUGUUCUGUUAAAAAACUUGCAAAGAUGGAGAGCUUCCAUUCACUUUAAUCUACAAAUUUGUGCACACAAUCGAUCAAUGAUCAUUUAUGGUGCACAUAUAUGCUCUGCAAGAGAGUGUUACAUAUUAAAGCAAAGAUAUGUUUUUAUAGAAAAAAUGUUCCCUAACAAUGAAAAAAUCUCUGCAUGUGCAAGAGUCCUUCUAUUUUGUGAUUUAUCAUGAUAGAAAUGAAAUAAAGUCUAGGUUUGUUUUGAA